AUGGAGAUCAUCAAUCCAAACGCGGCCAUUCUUACCAACUUUGAGGUUAUGACGACGCUUAAGGACAUGAAAAACAGUAAGAAAAAGUACGGUUUGCGGAAUCUUGCGACGAUCACGUACGAAACGGUACAAUAUCUGGAGGACACACCCUGCAAGGAGCAAACGUCGGCCGGCAUCGUUGAGUUUCUGCAGGCGAUGAAGGAAUUCAACCUGACCAAGAACGAAUGCUUGAUGAUGGUAAAUGAUCCACCCUCGUCCCCGCUACACAUACAGCUGAUGAUAGAGGACUCGGACGAACGGCUGACGGAGGAACAGGUCAGCCGGAUACUGGAGCAAGGGGCCAAACUCAAACCAGCGGCAGCCGGACAAAACUCCACGUUAGAGCAAGGGACAGAUGGAUAG